AUGGGGGCGGAUACGGAGCAACUGCCACGCCUACCGCCCGCUGGGCGCAAGGUAAAUCAAGCAUGUGAGAGAGCAAGUGGAAGAAGAAGAGAACAGAACAAGCCAGCCAAGUGCGAGAGAGUUUUUUAUUUAAUUUUUUUACCGGCAGCUGGAGAAGCAUAUAAAUGUCGUUCUCUCGCCAGGCAAGAGCACACACCUGACAAAAAACUUUCACAGCUAACAAUGAAAGCCGUCUUUGUACUUUGCGCCGUUUUGGCCGUUGUUGUUGUUGCUGUAAAUGGCGAUGCUGGUCGCUCGGCCUGCAAGGAUGAGUCGGAGAUUGGGCAAACGUAUCCGCAUCACUUCGAUCCGGCCAAGUACUGGCUGUGUGAGACACUGGACAAGCCGGCCACCGAGGUGGACUGCCCACACGGAUUGGCCUAUAUGCAUCUGCUCAAGGAGUGCAUACCCUGGGCCAGUUACAUCUGGAAGAAGCCCGAGAUGCCCCCGACGGUUGCCUAA